AAAGUUUAAUUUAAAAUGUAUUUUUAUUUAAUAAUAUUAAGAAGAUUAUAUCCUAAACUUAAUAAAAUAAAUAAACGCUAUGUGUCGAUGCCUUCUCAUAAAAAGUGGCAAAGUGUCGUUGGAUUGGAAGUGCAUGCUCAGUUAAACACGGAAUCGAAACUCUUUUCGGGUGCUCAGAACACUUUUGGUGGCUUAGUGAACAAUUGUGUAUCGUUAUUUGAUGCUGCAAUACCAGGAACAUUGCCUGUUUUAAAUAGGAAGUGCGUAGAACUAGGAGUUUUGACUGCUUUGGCACUGUCGUGUAAAGUAAACGAAGUAUCUACUUUUGACCGCAAGCAUUACUUUUACGCUGAUUUGCCCGCUGGCUAUCAGAUAACACAACAAAGAGCACCUUUAGCCAGCGACGGUGUUAUAAAUUUUCAGGUAUUUACACCAGGGGUCCAUAAGAAGCCAUAUAACAAGAGUUCAAAGAUAAAGCAAAUACAACUAGAGCAAGAUAGUGGAAAGUCAUUGCAUGAUGCAGACUUAAAGCGAAGCCUUGUAGAUUUGAACAGAGCUGGGGCACCUCUGAUAGAACUGGUGUUUGAACCCGAUUUGGAGAAUGGCGAGGAAGCCGCGGCACUGGUCAAAGAGCUAGUACUGAUCGUGCAAAGGUUAGGAGCAUGUACGGGGCGUAUGGAAGAGGGUGCAUUGAGGGUCGACGCGAAUGUAUCCUUGCGUCGCGUUGGCGAUCCCCUAUCUACACGCACUGAGAUCAAAAACAUUGGAUCAGUCCGCGGGGUCGCAGGCGCAAUACGCCAUGAGAUAGAUCGGCAGCGUACUGUAUUGGAGGGCGGUGGUCGCAUAAUCAACGAGACAAGAGCCUGGGAUGCCACAGCUAAAGUCACAAUUCCAAUGCGGGACAAGGAAGUCGUCCAAGAUUACAGAUACAUGCCCGAGCCAAAUCUUCCGCCGCUUCGAGUCAACCUCAUUACAAAAGAAGACACACAAGAUGUUAUUAGCGUGCCACUUGUUAAAGAAAAGAUACCAGAACUCCCAGAAGAAUCUAGAACGAAGUUAAUAAAACAAUUCGAACUAAAGUCAGAGGCAGCUAUACAGCUUGUGAACGAACCUGUUUUACUUGAAUUUUUCCUAAAAAUCAUUUUAAAUACAUCUAGAAAUCCCACUAAAGUUGCGAACUUUUUACUAAAUGACCUCCUUACUAUACUCAAUAAGAGGAAAAUUAAUGUCGAGAAUUGUCCCGUAAGCGAUGAACAGUUAGCUGAUUUAAUAGAUUUCUUACUACAAAACAAAAUCAAUUUAGAUGUCUGCAAAUUAGUCAUCGAUGAACUCAUUGAAGACUCGACCUUGAAAGUUAAACACCUAAUCAACAGCAAAGCUUGGUUUUUAAUAACGGAUGAUACAAUGAUAAUAAACAAAUGUAAGGAAAUCAUAGAGAAUAAUCCGAAAAUUGUUAAACAAUAUAAAGAUGGGAAAGUAAAAGUAUUUAACGCUUUAUUAGGCUUACUAGCUAAAAGCACUGAUAAUAAAUUCGAUAUGUCACUUGCUUCUAAAAAGAUGGAAGAGUUGUUGAAAAAAUAAACGAUAAUAAAUAUUG